GUCUGGCAACGCUGGGCACUUUGUUAUUUUUUGUGGCUCCAUAAAUUUGCUUAUCAGUCAUAAAAUUUAAGCUAGUGCAUUAAUUCAUCAUACUCGCUGCGGGGAAGCACCAGAAUUGCACCGACCACUGCCGCACUUCGAAACUAUUGCAAAUCAGCCGUGCAGGCCGCAGAAGAGACCACACGCAAAGAGGGCGUCAACAAAAAGAAAAAACCGUGGGGGAGGAAACCUGGGCAAAAAUACCAGCAAAAGUAAUACUCAUCAAAAUACUCGGCUGAAAACACGUCUUGCACAUUUGCGUGGCCAUGAGCAACCACAGAUACCAUCAGGGGGGCAACUACAUGCACCCGCGGAUCUCCUAUCCGCACCACUUCAGCUACGUUUCCUCUUGCGUCAAGUACAUGAUCUUCCUGCUGAACUUCCUCUUCUGGCUCUUCGGCGGCCUGCUCCUGGCCAUCGGCGUGUACGCCUUCAUGGACAAACUGAAGGACGGCAACGGCUGGCUGCGCUUGGACACCGUCUACGAUGUGAUCUUCAACAUCUCCCUGGUGAUGAUCAUCGCCGGAGUCAUCGUCUUCACGGUCAGCUUCGCCGGCUGUUUGGGUGCGCUGCGCGAGAACACCUGGCUGCUAAAGUUGUACUCCAUGUGCCUGCUUCUCUUCUUCAUACUCGAGAUGUCGCUGGCCAUCAUCUGCUUCGUUUUCCCGCAGUACAUGAACUCCUUCCUCGAGUACCAGUUCACAGACAAAAUCAUUCACUCGUACCGCGACGACUCCGACCUGCAGAACUUCAUCGACUUUGCCCAGCAGGAGUUUAAGUGCUGCGGCCUGAGCAACGCAGGCUACCAGGAUUGGAGCAAGAACGAGUACUUCAACUGCUCAUCGCCGUCGGUGGAGAGAUGUGGAGUGCCCUACAGCUGCUGUAUUAAUGCCACCGAUAUCAGCUCCGGCCUGGUGAACAUCAUGUGUGGCUAUGGCGUGCAGGAGCACUCAGUGGCCGCCGCCAGCAAGCGCAUCUGGACCAGCGGCUGCAUCGAGAUCGUGCGCGUAUGGGUCGAGAGGAAUCUGUAUGUGAUUGCCGGCGUUGCCCUGGGCAUAGCCCUGCUGCAGUUGUUCGUCAUCUAUCUGGCCAAGACCCUGGAGGGACAGAUCGACCUGCAGAAGUCGCGCUGGUCGUGAGUGCAAUGCCACCAUCCGUACCUUUACGGAUAUCCGCCCUGCGAAGACGACCCGUAUUACAAUUCGCGGAUGUGAGGCGGUCUUUUUUGGUCCUGCCCGUGCUCAAAUAGUUUCAAACCGAAUCCCACUCCUAGAAUAAUCCAUAGCUCCCUAUAUACCAUCUCUUGUGUUUUCGAUAGAUUUAAGUUCUAAUGUCCCACAAAAAUAGUAUUUCAAUAGUAUCAUACUCUCCUAGGCUUAGGAAAAAGUAUUUAUAUUCCUUUGUGUUCGUUCGCAGAGUGAAGCUCUGUAUGUUUUUUAAACGUCAGCGUAUUCUUAGUCACAAGUAAAGUCGAACAAAUCUAAAGUUUUACUCAUAUACGUAUGCAAUAUCAGACUAUUUAAAAGACACUUGUAUAUAAGCUAGCGAGUUCCAUAAGAAAUAUGCAUUUAAAAUGACUUAUAUGUAACGACGAAACCAAAACUGCAUGCAUGUUUGUUAAAUUGAAAAACAUACUAGAUACAUAGAUACAAGACUUAUUAUCAUUUUUAAGUAUCUGUGCGCGUGUUUGUCUGCAAACGUUGUUGUAGUGCGUAUUUAAAUACAGGCAUUCUA